AUGUCAAGGGAUCCGAUGUUCUCAGAGGAUAUUGAUAUGUCAAACCCUGUCAACCACAUUCACCUCGCGGCUGAGAAAGUUCGCCAUCUUCACAUUCACAUUGACCGGUCCGAGGUCUUUGUCAUUGACAACUUGGAGUUUAAACGCAAUCUCAAACUGUAUCCUCCUGUCAUGCAGAACAUCGCUUCUGCCGUCGCUAGCCAAUUCAGAAAGAAUAGCCAGGGAUCUUUUGAGGCACGGUUCAUCCAUGAGGAAUCAUUUGAUCGUUCUUGGCCAGAUAUCCUCGCUGAUGUCACGCAGUUCACCAAACCAUACGCAGACUAUCUUAUGGAUAGUCGUUACGGUUACGCGGACCUGGCCUUCAGGAACUUAGGCCCAAUCGACCCUGAUGACCGACCUGAUCGUCCAAACAAGGCCUCUACCUUCUUCAUUAGUGCCGAGCAUCACACUGUCGCCUUACUAGCCAGUGCUGCCAAAGAACAAGAGAUGCGUGAUGACCGUGCGUCCAGACUGCUCAAUACGUCCAUACGAGCUGUUGUUUGGCGUGAUGAAUACUCUACAUGGAAACCCAGCGAGAAUGAUCUCGAGAAAUACGACAUCUUCUUGACCACCCUCCAUAUUACCUCUAGGUGA